AUGGAUAGCGAUGGCUUCAAUCAGUUAGUAACCCAAAAGGAAGAUGAGAUCAGGCAUUUGAAGGGAGAAAUGUCAACUUUAAAAUCAAAGAUUGCCAAACAAGAAUUGGAGAAUUUUCGUAUUGAACAAGAAUGUCAUGAAAAGAAAAGGGAAGUAUCCCACAUACAAGAUAGAAUCGAACAACUUGAUUACCAGAAACAAGCUUCCUUGACUGAGAUUGAAGACAGAUAUAAACGAGGAGUAGAAGUAGCCAGAUUCAAACAUCAACAAAAGAUACUGGACCUACGGGAUUGUAUUGCAAAGGAAGCACAAGAUAUAAUACUGGAGAAGCAACAACAAUAUGAAGAUAGGAUACAAGAGUUGAUGACAAGUAUUGACGAAUCUAAGACAAAUAUCCUUGAAAAGGAAAAUCAAAUUAAACGACAAAGGUUAGAAAUGGAGGAAUCGUAUACAUUGAAAUUCAACCAAGAAAAUCAAGCCAUAUUGAAUUCUAUUGAACAUUUAAAUCAAGAGAAAGCAUCAAUUAAACAGGAAAUUUCAAACCUGCUUGUGAACGUUGAAAAAACUAACCAGGAAAUAGUUGAAACUCAACAAGACGGUUUAAGGUUUGCAAGGGUGCAUGACCAAUUAAAGCUGAAAUAUCAAGGACAGCUGCAAGAGAUUGACAUUUUGCAAGGCAAGAUACAAGAUAAGGAAUCUCAAAUUGAAGCCAUUGAAGAAAAUGCCAAAAUAAGAGAGGAAGAUUUAAAAGAAAUAAACUUUGGCAUAAAACGAAUGGGCUCCGAAUUAGUUGAUCAAGAGUAUCAGAGGAGAGUAUUACAUGCCAGACUACAAGACUUGAAAGGGAACAUCCGAGUAUUUUGUAGAAUUCGUUCGGUCGAUCUGGAUUUACCACUUGCUCCUAUGGAAACUCCGGAUGAUGAACUAGAUGAUGAAUCAAAGCAAGAAUUAAUAGUUUCUAAAACCCCAAGACAAUCGCUUUAUGGCAAUCUGGUCACACAAGUGCCAAGUGAUCUGUAUUACAAGUUCCUGUUUGAUAAGAUUUUUACAACGAAAGUUGGAAACGUUGAAAUUUUUGAAGAAUUAUCACAACUUAUUCAAACAUCCCUAGAUGGUCAAAAUGUUUGUGUUUUUGCCUAUGGUCAGACUGGUUCAGGGAAGACAUUUACCAUGUCACAUCCUGAAGAUGGUAUGAUUCCACUAUCAAUCAAGAAGAUUUUCGACGAUAUAGACGAAUUAAGUCAAAGCGGUUUCACCUAUAAGGUAACGGGCCAGUUUCUUGAAAUAUAUAAUGAAACAAUUGUGGAUUUGCUAUCUCUGAAUAACUUAAAAUGUGAAAUUAAACAUGAUGAUGAAGCUUGUAUUACUACCGUGACAAAUUCAACCUUGAUUGAAAUAAAGUCGCCGUUGGAAGCUACUAAGUUACUUGAGUUUGCCAAUAAAAAGAGAUCUACUGCUUCAACUAUGGCAAAUGAAAGAUCUUCUCGUUCCCAUUCUAUAUUCACCAUGAUAAUUGAAGGAAAAAAUGAAAAGGCUAAAACAUCUACCCGUGGUAUACUAAAUUUAAUCGAUUUGGCUGGUUCUGAGAGAUUGAAUGUAUCUAAGGCUGAAGGGGAGCGAUUAAAAGAAACUCAGAAUAUCAAUCGUUCAUUGUCAUCAUUAGGGGAUGUAAUUUAUUCGUUGGGGUUACAACAACAACAUAGAGAUACUCAACAUAUACCGUUUAGGAAUUCAAAAUUAACUUACUUGUUAAAACAUAGUCUCGGCGGUAAUUCAAAGACUCUUAUGUUUGUUAAUAUUUCUCCUUUGGAGAAAGAUUUAAAUGAAACUAUUAAUUCAUUGAGAUUUGCGGCAAAAGUAAACGGAACCAAAUUACAAAAUCAACCAAAGAACCAAGUGAGGUGA